GGCUCUCUGUCUUCUUCGGUGGUGCACUUGCUUGCGAAGGGAAGUGUCCUCCGUGGUGUCAUUGUAGGUGUUCGAGGUUGAAAAUCUAGAAAUAGACAAUGUCUGGUUACACGCCAGAUGAGAAACUUCGCUACGGGCAGCUGAUAAAGCUUCGAAGGCAGUGGCUCAAGGACCAGGAGCUCAGCCCAAGGGAGCCCGUGGUGCCGCCGGAGCCUCUUGGCCCUGUCGCAAAAUUUUGGGACGGCUUUUUGAAGCCUAAGAGCCUGUGGAGGCUUUACACCUACAAAGCAUACAAAGGUGGAGUUUGCACACUGGCACUUUUAAUACCUACUUGGAUUAUUUACUACUGUAUGAAAUAUCAUAUUUCUCAAAGGCCAUAUGGCAUUGUGGUAGUGAAGCCCAGGCUGUUCCCAGGUGACACCAUUCUGGAGACAGGCGAAGUUGUUCCAGAUCUCCCUGAGACCCAUGGUCAUCACUAAAGAUGAAAUAUUUGAAAUAUGAAUGAAAUAAUUCAGAUUGUGGUAAAAAAAAAAGCUGUAUAUUCCAUUAAAAUAUGUGACUAAG